AUUCAAGCCGCCCUCCUUCUAACAGGGACCACAGGGUUCAGCAAGACAUCGCCAGUGCUUCAAACCUCCGUUCAAGCUCUCGUCGUUACGCUGGCGCGCCGUCACCACCUCAAUCCGAGUGUUCCCGUACUACAUCCUCCACCCGUCGUGGUUCUGUUCCUGUAGAGCAGCCCUAUUACGGCUCGGGAGCGCAAGCUUACUAUGCAUCAUUUGGACAGGGGGAUCAGUAUACCUCUCCUGAAUCGCGACCUGGUCGGCCUCGUUCCGUGCAGUCCCACCGUACUGUCACCUCCAACUCGCAGUACAGUCGUGCCUCGUCUAGAUCUGCUUCCCAAAGCCGUCGCCCUUUGUCUAGUAUGGCUGAUAAUAUGUCUGCAUAUGGGUCAAGCAUCCGUCGCCCUUCAUCUUCCGUGGGUGACAACAUGUCUUCAUAUGUGGGGAGCAGUCGUCCCGGUUCGUCUAGUAUGGGUGAUAAUGCGUCUGCGUAUGGGUCGAGCAGCCGUCGUAGCUCAGUCUCGCGCGCUGACGUCUCCACUUCCUCUCGUCGACGGACUGAUCGUCGGUACCCUCCCACUUCCCAGCAUGCUGCGUUCAACAUCCCAGACGACAGGUACGUUUAUUACUCGAGCACAACUACGAGCGGAGGUCAUCAUACUCCGGCGUCGCGUCGUUAGGGAGCAGCCUUAGACAGUGAAGUGGCUCUAGAAAUCCUUCAGAAAGUGAACAGUAUUUCAGAUAUGAGCAAUUGUUUUGACUGAAAUACUCAAGAUUGAUCUUUUCUUUACUGGUCGGGUUCAAUUUGCUGCCUGAAGUGCAUUUACUCGCCAGGUGAUAGUUUCGUG